GCCGGGAAGAUGGCGGCGCCCGUGUCGCCCUUGGUUACUGCGCGCUGCUUGUUGCGGGCUUCGGCGCGGCGUGCCGCCCGCCUGGGGCUCCCGGCGCCGGCCGCCGCCCUGCGGAGAGCAUACACAGCCCAGGGAGAUGAGAAGACAGUCCCUGGUACUCCUGCAGAUGCUAAUGCCAGAGCCUUACUGGUUUGCAAUGGACCUUUAGAACAUUAUGACUUUCUGAUUAAGCAAGAAGAGCUGAGAAAUGAUGAGCAACAAAGAAGAGUUGUGCAGCACCUGCAGAAGUUGCAUGAGAGCCUUAAAGGCUACAGCAUCAGUUCAAAAAAUCUUCUCUCAAAGCUGUUUGCAAAAAACAAACCCCCAAAAGGUCUUUAUGUCUAUGGAGAUGUUGGCACAGGAAAGACAAUGGUGAUGGACAUGUUCUAUUCUCACUUAAAAGUAGAAAGGAAAAAGAGAGUCCAUUUUCAUGGCUUCAUGCUAGAUGUACACCAGAGAAUACAUCGCCUUAAGCAGAGCUUGCCAAAAAGAAAAGCAGGAUUUAUGGCCAAAUCGUAUGAUCCAAUUGCACCAGUGGCAGAGGAAAUAAGUGAAGAGGCUGCUCUCUUAUGUUUUGAUGAAUUUCAGGUCACUGACAUUGCUGAUGCCAUGAUUCUGAAACAGCUUUUUGAAAAUCUGUUCCAAAAUGGGGUUGUCGUUGUAGCAACAUCUAACAGGCCGCCAGAAGAUCUCUAUAAAAAUGGUCUUCAGAGAGCUAAUUUUGUACCUUUCAUUGCUGUGCUGAAGAAAUACUGCAGCACAGUCCAGCUUGAUUCUGGAAUAGACUACAGGAAACGAGUGCUUCCUGCUGCUGGAAAACUCUACUACCUCACAAGUGAAGCUGAUGUGGAGGCUGUCAUGGAUAAGUUGUUUGAUGAGCUGGCUCAGAAACAAAAUGAUUUAACUAGACCAAGGAUUCUAAAAGUGCAAGGCAGAGAGCUGAGGCUGAAUAAAGCGUGUGGAACCAUUGCAGACUUCACGUUUGAAGAGCUGUGCGACAGACCUCUUGGGGCCAGUGACUAUUUGGAAGUAUCAAAGCAUUUUGACACUGUCUUUGUUCGUGACAUACCACUUCUUACACUGGCAAAAAGGACACAGGCUCGUCGUUUCAUUACUCUUAUUGACACCUUCUACGAGCAUAAGGUGCGUAUUAUUUGUUCUGCAGCGACUCCUCUCCAAAGCUUGUUCCUGGUAGAAGAUGACAGUGGUGAGCUAGAGGACAACAGAGUGUUGAUGGAUGAUUUGGACUUGAGCCAGGAUUCUGCCAAAGGACUCUCCAUGUUCACAGGAGAAGAGGAAAUCUUUGCCUUUCAGCGGACUGUCUCCCGGCUCACAGAAAUGCAAACUGAACAGUACUGGAAAGAUGGGGACAGAAGCAAAAAAACGUUAUAAUCAAAAGUUGAAUAAAAUCACCAAGAAGUCAAACUACAGAAUUGGAAAGCUUUUAGCACAACUGAUAUAAUAACUGCACUUUAUCAUCUGGACCAUGCCUUUCUUUCAUCAGUUGUUUUUUAUGCUUAAGACACGAGGACUCGGUUACUUCUCUGUACCACCAGUGUGUGGACAUGUGAAAUCUUGCCUUUAUUUUCUUUUCUGUAAAAUCCAAAUUUGACCUUGGGAUUAGAAUUUUUCUGGAGAAUUGGUCUAGAGGGGAAGUUAAUGGGCCAUGCAGGGUUCACAGCACAUUUAUAAUGUCACAUGAAGAGGGCACUUUGUGGUUCAUGCACUGCCUUCUGUCAUGAACAAUGCAGUUUGCACAAAAGAAAAAUCAAACACUUUAUUUAUAAAACUCCUGAUAUUGUAUAGGUCCCUGCUAGAAUCCUGGAACUCCUCUGUAGUGUAUUCUGGUUUUUUUUUUCCUAUUUUCUAUGUGUAGCCAUCUGCUGAAGUUCAGGCUCUAAGAGUUUCUUGUAAUCAGACUGUUGCUCCGUCUGGUUCAUUGAAAACUUAACAGUUUGAACCAAGAGAGAAGCCUGAGGUGUAGCUCGAAGGUACUUGAAACCACACCGGGUUAAGAUCUAAGUAAACAUGUUUGGGAAAAGAAACUAUGAUAAGACCUGGUAUAGUGUAACAUAGAAGUGCAAAUUAACACUCUUCCUAAAUUUUGCAGUUCUCACAAGGCUGAAUACGCUGCCUCUACACCAGUGACACGUUUCUACCCUGAAUUUUCUCAGCUUCGUUUAUACGAAACCUUCCAUUGCUGCCCCACACCUGCUCUGAUCUGGGGAGAGUAGUGCACAGUACUGCUGAGUUAUGAUAGGAAUCUGUUUGAUGGAAAAGAUGGGAUAUUACCUCAAAACACAUCAUCCAUCCUUGCGUUUGUAGUUGGAAACUUUAUUUUAGUUAAAAAUGCCAUUGUGUCAUUCUUGGUUUUCAUCUAACUGAAACAAAAUACAGUAUUGUGCGUACUGGCUUAUACUGUAUUUUUAUAAAAAGUCAUUUAAAAGCAUAUUUAGAGACCCUGAAUAGGGAAAACUUUUAUGCAGGUGGGCUGAAAAAGAUUUCCCCAAUUUCUUAGGGAGGAAAUACAUAACACGCUGUCCCCAGAUUUGGGAUUUUCUCGGAUUUUGCAGUGUGACCUUUUUCUUGUAUUGUAACUAUUAUCACAAAUAUUCUUCUCUGCCUUUAAGCCUCAUUAUUUUUUUUCAAUCAUAACCCCGGUCACAAUUACAGAAAGCUUUUAAAAGGGACUUUGGGUGGGUGGGAAGGACUGGUAAGGUCCUGUGCACUUGCAUGUGUUAUGGCAAUACAGGUGUUUUGGAGCCACGUGCUCAAGUCUGGUUUUCUGUUCUGAUCGCUUCUGUGUGUCCUGGAAGUUACCUUAUACUGGCUAUACCUGUUCUUCAAAUAAUUUUUAAAGCCUAUAUUUAUAAUUGACAACUUAUGCAACUAUGUUGAUAUUCCCACAAAGGUGACUGCUAUGGAGAAUUUUAAUGCAUAUUUAUGAAAAACCAAAUCUGAAUACGUUGCUUAUACUUAAGAGUAUCUGAAUAAUUUAUGUAUAUUUUCAGAAAUUUUUAUUAGGUUUCUCAACAGAGAGACUAUUGAGAUUCAUGCAUGUGUGUCUGUAUCUACACACACAUAUGUAUACUUAAUUUAUACAGAUAUAUAAAUCUAGAUAAAACUAAUAUAUGUAAUUUAAGUGUCUGUGGUUCUGUAUUUAUACAUGGCAGUCUGUACUCAUCAGCCUGUGCCUGCGCCAAUAACUCUCCUGAAGCUUCAGCCUUGGCUUUUUUUCUAGCACCCACCUUGUCUGGGCCAGAAUGUAUUGUGGGAAAAUGGGAGGUGGGGGGUAGAUACCCUAAAGCAUCUUGGUAUUUAUUUGCAUUAUUUUUAAAGUGGUUUAUAUGUUUAACCUAUUUGUCCACCUCCACCAUGUGGUACAGGGGAAAUGCAUAAUCUUGCACAACAGAGGUGAGAUGUCUGGGAGGUGUGAGAGGAGGUUCUGGUGGGUUCUGCAUUUCCACAGAGACCGUCUCAGGCCAGGGAAGGGGGAAGUAAUUCUCCAUGGUGUGUGUGGGUGAUGACCAACCUGGAGCCCCCUGGGUAGAUCUGUUUGUGUUCCAACUGGUGCAGCUUUGCCUGUUGGUAUUUGAGGCUUUUCUGCAAUCUGAUCCCCCAUCCCAAACUCAGAUACCCCAGGUUUGUGGAAGGUCCUAAAUGUGGUGGGACUGAGGAAUCAUUGUAAGCCUCCUGGGAUGUAGGUGAGCUCUGGCAAACCAUAGGAGGGAAGUUCCCAAAAGCUUCCAGAGACAGCCCUGCUUCCAGGGGGAAGUUUUAUUUAUUGCUAAAUAAAACCAUAGUGCAGUCUUUCCUUGGCCUCCUAGGAAGAUAUGUGUUGGGAGUCAUUGGUAGGUGCCAGCAGUAAUCAAAGAGAAGAAAUAAAGUGGUUUGGGGCUGAAAACAAGAAAAGCUUAUUACGGAAGUGGUUUGGGGCUGAAAACAAGAAAAGCUGCUUGAAUUACUGUGCAGUAUUUGUGGUUGCACUGCAGAGUGUGGAUUGCCACUUUUAGGUCAAGACCACAAGGAGAGAUUGGUGGGACCAAUUUGUCAGCCAGCCUAGAUGCCAGGGCAGAGAUCCCCACAGUAACCACAGAAGAAGUCUUCUUAUGCCCAUCCACUUCCCUGAAGAAAUCGAGGUCCUUUGUGUUUAUUUUACAAUGCUGCUAAUAAUGCUGUGGUAUGUUUCCAGUCUCUUUCCAGAGGGAAUUUGGAGGCACUUCUUCUGAGGCCAAACAAUUUCCAGGCAACUGGUGCUGGCCAGAAUCUCUCACUGGGGCACGAUGGACCACACUGGGUAUGUCCUGCCCCACGGUGCUGGGUCACCUGUGCUCCCAGCAGACCUGUGCCCUGCUGCCUGGCCUGCUCCUCUCUGGUGUGAGAGGUCCAUGACUUUUUAUUCCCAUUUCAAGAUGUUUUAGUUGCCAAAACAUAAACAGUGAGAUGCCUGUGAAUAAAUUAUGCACACUCCUUAAUGGCCUUAAAAUCGCUGGAUUUAUGCUGGAUGUUUCUAUCUCAAGUUCAAGUAUUGGCUUUUUAGGUUUUUCACUUGCAAAUUCAUUUCAUCUCAGAUCUGCAACGUGUUUUUAUUUCCCUUUUAGUCAUUCAGCAAAUGUUAUUGCUGAGUUAUUUUUAAAGGUCUUUUCAAGUAACCUUAGUGAUGUGGUAUGAUAUUUUUGCUGUCACAGGAUGUAAAAUCCUUGUGAUUAUGGACCAUCUGAAACAUUUUAUGUUGGUAUAUAAAGGCCACAUCCUGGCUGAGAAUCUCUCAGCUAACUUAUUGCAAAUACUUGAUUGACAAAGGAAUGUUCCCCAUACCUGAAAAUUUAAAUUACAGCUUCUGUGAGCAUAGUUACUCUAUCCGUAUAGACCAUGGAUAGAGAUGAUAUCCAUAUAGACCAUAUCCAUUUUAUCUUUAGAGCUGUAUUUUCAUUUCAUAUUCUUGUGCGGUAGCUCUUAUCUUUUUUUUUUUUUUUUUUUAUAUAAAUAAUGCAGUUUUGUCUUUCAAAGCUACUGGUUUUCAGUAUUUACCUUUGCACAGAUCAAGGGAACAAUUGCAGUAUUUUGGGUAUAACGAGACAGCCGCCUUCCACAGGUCUUUGCAGGGAUUGAAGAUGCCGUUCUUGCAGUUGUCGCUUUUUGGAUCUAAAGAGGAAAACCAUUAAUGGCUUUUUUUGAGUAAAAGUGAUCAUGAUGACACUACAGCUGGAUAGAUGUCACCUAUUUUGCAGCAACUUAAACAUGAAAAAAACUGACCAGGUUUCAAACAGUGUGCGGCACAGCCACCAGCCAUCUAACAAGGAGGAAGACUAGUCUCUUCAUCAGGACUUGUCUGAGAGGAUCAAGAUCCAGGAGUUUUCUUUCUGCAAUUACCUGGAUUCAAAUAAUCCCAGAGCCUCAGUUUCCCUGUUGCUAAAGUGGGAAUGAUGUUACUGGAGUAAAGCUGGAGUGCUGCCAGGCUUCACUCAUUAAUAUUCUAAGAUGCUUGCUCAGGCUCUGGGAUGAAAAUACUUCAGUAAAGUAUGUAAAUAGUGCAAAAAAUAAUUUAGCUACUCAAAGUGGAUUAGUUUCCUUGUUUGGGUUACAGAAUUAAUGCCAUCAACUAAACACCAUGUGCCUCUCUGGAGUGAUGAUUUGUUUUUUUAUAUAAUGCAUCUAUUUUAAAUAAAGAAAAAACACCUAUGGGUUGUGAUUAAAACCUUAACCAAUUCUUGUAGUUUUUCUUCUACCUGUAAUGACAAAUUUCCUGUAUGAUUCACUGCAACCUUAGCACCUGUACUUGUGAACUACAGUGGCUUUGUAAGUUCUGUUGGGAUUUUCCUUGUUUUAUAUACUGAGAAAUUUUUUUUAAAAAUACAUAAUUUUGAGUCUAAUAUAUAAGAAACUGAACACUGUUAAAUCCUUCCAUUAUUUUGAGAACUGAUGUUGUAAUAAAGAAAAGUUAAUAAAUCCAGAUUUUAUAAACA